GCUGGCAACACUGUUACCAUCAACCAACAGAAACUACAGCCUGGAGAAAAAUCUAAUAAAUUUGCGAUUUACUCACGUUUCGUUAAUAAAUGUUUUCUAUAUCCCUAAGAAAAAUUAAUUUUCAGUUACAUAAGUGUAAAAUUUACUAUAUCUAAUCGCUUACAUUAUCAGAAUGGCCGAUCAAACAAAAAUUCAUGAUGAUAUUAAGCUGUAUACAACAUCAGAUAAGUUCUACUUAGAACCAACAAUAAAUCCAACAGAGAUUUUAGUUAUUGAUAGGGUCUCAGGUGAAGCUCAUGUUAGAGAGAUAAAUACAGUGAAAAUACCUAUCCCAGCAAAUGCUUAUAAACCAGUGUGUGGAUUUUUGGGCACAAUCAAAUUGAUUUCUGGAUUAUAUUUAGUUGUUGCUAAAUAUAGGAUAUUGGUGGGGCAAAUAAACGGGCAUGACAUAUAUGAAUUGGCUGGAUCAGAUAUCAUACCCUAUGCUAGAUCAACUACACAUCUUACUAGUAAACAGAUAGAUGAUAACAACACAUAUGAACGCUUGCUACGUGCGGCCCUCGAAGCUCCUGGAAUAUAUUUCUCAUACAGUUAUGACCUCACUCAUACAAUGCAGAGAUUACAUUCUGUUUCACCAGAUUUUCACAAGAUGUCACUUGCAAGUCGUGCAGACCCUCGCUUUGUUUGGAAUGGACACCUUUUGAAGGGUUAUUCGCCACAAAUGUUUGCUAGAUUCAACUUGCCGAUUAUGCAUGGAUUUAUUGCAAUAAACCGCGUGAUGGUAAGCGGGCACCAGCUGACAUGGACUCUUGUAUCGAGACGCAGCGUUGAGAGAGCUGGCACCAGAUUGUUUAUGCGUGGAAUUGAUAGUCAGGGUAACGUAGCAAACUUCGUAGAAACAGAACAGAUAGUCGAAAGAGGAGGUGAGAAGUCCUCGUUCGUUCAAACCCGAGGGUCCAUUCCUUUAUUCUGGAGUCAGUACCCUGAUCUGAAAUAUAAGCCCGCGAUGUCUCUGGUCGUCGAAGACCACGUAGCGGCUUACUCCAAGCACUUGAGGGAUCAGCUGCAGAGGUACGGGAAUCAAGUCUUGCUGAAUCUGAUCGACCAACGCGGUAAAGAAGAAUCGUUAGAGCGCGGUUAUCGCGCGGCCGUGGCGGCGGCGGCUUUACCCGCAGUGCGGUACGAACCUUUCGACUUCCACGCGGAGUGUCGAGGCAUGCGCUACGAUAGACUGUCCGUCUUGCUCGAUAGAGUUGCCCACGAGCAGACAGAAUUCGGGUACUUUCUCUGUCGAGGGGAGACGGUGCUGCUCCGACAGACCGGAGUGUUCCGAACCAAUUGUGUGGACUGUCUGGACAGAACCAACGUGGUGCAAAGUUUGUUGGCCAAGAGGCACUUGUCGGCCCUGCUGAGGCUGCUGACUAUCACCAACACCGAUGAUCCCAUUCCGCACUUCGAUGCGCUCUUCAAUGGCGUUUGGGCCGACCACGCCGACAUGAUAUCGGUGCAGUACUCCGGGACGGGCGCUUUGAAGACCGACUUCACUCGUACGGGCAAACGCACGCGCAUGGGCCUCUUGCGAGACGGGAUCAAUUCCCUCACGCGGUACUACAAGAACAACUUUAGUGAUGGAUUUAGACAGGAUUCAAUAGACCUGCUUCUGGGUAAAUACGUGGUGGUGGAAGGCGAGGGCAACACUGUGCGCUGUCCCCUGCGACGGGACAGGGACUGGAAGUAUGUUACUUUCCCUUCAGUGCUCCUAGUAGCGGUGUCUAUGUUCUGUGCGAGCGCGGCGUUGCCGGCCCGCUCCAACACCGAAGUGCUGCUCUACCUCAUGUUCUGGGGGGCCGCCGUGGGUGCCACGCUCAAGUUCAUAUUUAAACACGGCAAGGAAUUCGUGGACUGGCCCCGCUUGGACUGCGGCGGGAUCGCGUCUCGUCUCGGGCCCGAGUCGUCCUUAUGAUCGCGGAAUAUCCGCUCGUAGUUGUCGUCUAAACACUUGGUUGCAGCUCCUUAUGUACCACACUGAUGAUAAAACGUGGCCACACUCUCAGUAUUGCAAAGAUGCAGAAAGGGCACAGAUGAUACUGUGAUCUGUCCACAAACCGAUUAAUGGAAAUAAUAUUAACCCCAAACGGUAAGAAAUGGUCAUUCAUCAAGAUUUUGCAGGAAAUCAGGAAUAUACCGAGUCCAUUUGUAAAACUUAUUAAGUAAUACAGUAUUUUCAACAAGUUUGUUUAUAUGACAUACUUUAGAAUCAGUGUGGUAUGUGUAAUAUUAUUGAAACAAUAUAGUCCAUAUUUUUAUUAUAAGAUGUUAAAUUGUUUGAUCUAUGGCUGUAAAUUUUGCUUAAACUGCAUUCCAUUACAAAAGAUAAAUUUUUAGUCCUUAUAGCAUUAAAUUUUCUGCCUCUUAAUAGAAAUGAUCAAAUUUCAUAUAUUUUAGCAUGAAGCCAAGUUUGUAUUUUUUACUAUGAAUUAAAUCAUUAAAAAAAACUCUUAUGAGCAAAGUUUUUGGAAUCUAUGUAAUAUAUAAAAUCUAUGAAUCUAUUUAUGAUGCUUUGUCAAUAAAAACAAAUUUUAACUGAGUCAUCCAGACAAACAAUGUAGUAAAAUUGACAAUUUACUCUUCUAAGAUUGUAUGAGAUAUUUUCUCCAAAUUCUUCGCUUAUUCAUUCCUGGUUUGUAAAGUGAUUAGACGGUGCGAGCGGAUGGUUAUAUCUAUAGGAAUAACAUUGGAUUAAAUUAAACUUUUAAAUCACUAACGAAAACCCAAGUUGGUAGGUACAUAUCCACAGAGCCUUACUAUUUAAAAAUGUAACUGCACUGCAAACAAAUAAUACUCCUUUUAUAUUUAUAAAUAUUCUUGUGUGAAUUGGUUUUUUUUUAUGAGAAUUGUGAAAAUAUUUCAAAUCAAAUCGGGAUUUUAUACAGUGUUAUUUCCUAGGUAUUGAGGUGUAUUAUUUUUAGCUUUUGUAAUUUCGGAUCAAACCUAGACGAGUCCAUGUGAAUAAUUUAAUUGUUGUAUUUAAUUUGUGAAGGAAUAUUUUAAUAAAUAUCAUUAUUUA